AUGGCAUUUCAACUCGUGGAUAUACGUUAUAUGAUGUUGUGUAUACAUGGAAAAAUUAAAAAUUAUUUAAAUAAUGAAAUGAAACGAGGCUCUGGGGGUUUAUUGCGACUUAAUGACAAAAGUGAUAAACAUUUGCCCCAAAGGAGAAGAAUAAGAAGGCAGAGGUCUUUGCCGGAUACAAUAUCAGAGAGUAUAAUACGGAUUACAAGAAGCCACGAUGGAUUUCCAUUAUUGGCUGGUUGCCCACAGGAAACUCUUUAA